AUGGCGUCACAGGACUCAGGGAGCAAGCCAGCAGAGUCGGUCCGGAGGCUGACAAGCGUCAGGGGAACCCCAGACUUGGACGUUUCGGGAUCUGCUCCUAGCAGGAAACCCAAGUUUGCUCCCAAGAUCCCCGUCCGCGCGCCUGUGAUCAAGACUGAGCCGCAGGAUACGCCGGCUGCUGCUAAGCAGAGCAGAGAUGCGCAGACGGACAAGGGGGGAUGGGGGAGGGGAGGGGAAGGGGAAGGGGGAAGCGAGGAGAUGCAGCGAACAGGUUUGAGCAUGCCUCCGACGUCCUCUGAGCUAACGAUCAUGCAGGGGAAGAGGGAGAGGGAGGGAACGCGAAUAUCCUACUCUAACAACUCCUCGGCGUCAAAGGAGGGCUCUUGGGGUCCAGAUGUCGAUGCGGAUGUUGACGGCCAGGAGAUCAACGAAACUCACAUGCCAACAACGCUUCCCUUCACUCCCCGCAGGCCCUGGGAUCCGAGAGAGAUCAAAGUCAGCGAUGAAGACAUGUCGGACGUGACUAUGCUGAAGAAGCUGGUGAUGUUGAUGCCAGCUCUUUGCCGACACGUGUUGAAAGCUUACAGACCAAGUCGAUAUCUAGCGAGAAAGCAAAGGAGAUUCUUGGAGAUGAAAGUGUCCGUCUACCUGCUGACAUCCUUUGUCAUCUUGUCAGUGUACUCUAUCCUUCUGCGGCGAGACAAGUGGGACAACGAAUCGAUCGGACUGACCAAGGAGCACGUCCAGCAGCACUCGGAGAGCAUGAUGGAGCAGCUUGAUGCCGACGAUCAGCCGCACAACAUCUGGGCUGUUGCCAAGGAGGCUGUCAACGUUGACGCUCCGAACCACCACUGCUUCGCCGCGGGCUCGAUUCUCAGCCCAACUCGUCAGGACGGCAGUAAAGCUGAGGAUAGGCUGCUGCUGCUGCAGUUGCCGCAUACCUUUCCGUUUGUCAAGGACUCGAUGGAAGGUACAGGAGGGCUAGAGCACGGGGAUGCGAAGCUGAUAGUGUUGAGGGUCACUUUGCGACUGGGAGAGGUCAACUACAAGAUCGCAGAGGCAGCUCAGAGCAACUUCUUGCAGCAGGUUGUAGCAACAAAAGACAGUUCGGACGACAUGUUUCACUUGGGAGACAUCUUCGCCAAACUCAACGUUAUCCCGGACUUAGAAUCUUUACUUGGUAAUGAUGUGUAA